AUGGAGGGGACAUGGGAUGCGGAGGUGGAGGUGGAAUUGGGACCCCAUAUUGCCUUUGGUCGCCGCUCGACGGGUAUCUUCCUGGUUGAUACAUUGAAGGAUCUGGGCCGGAUUGCGCAGAAUGUUGAGAGUAAGUGGCAGGCGAGUAGACAGAAGGGGGUGCUAGAUUGGUCGCUGCAGAAUGAGCUCUGGGUCGCGAGGGCCGUAGGUAUAAGAAGACUUGCAGAACUACUCACUGCAAGAGCUUCGAGGGCGCUGGUUCAUGGUCGCCUGCGCAUAUUUAAAUUAGUUCGAGCGAGUCCAAAGAGAUUGGAAAGUCGCAACGCUGGCCUUUGUCCGGAAUGUAUCAAUCUCGCAAAGAUAACCAACCAAGGUGUGACGGGGAUAGGCGCUGAGAGCUGUCGCAAAUUCGAGGACUGGGUGACUACAUAA